ACCGGGGCAACGACGACCGGGGCGACGACAUACGGGACGACGGUGCAAGGGAAAGAGGACCGAUCUGAGAGAAGACUCAGUCUGGCCGCGCGCGCCACCGAUCACUGUCGACUGUUGUUCUCACGUCGACAGCGGACUCCCGAAUUUUGCGAAUCAAUCGCACGAUCUUGCUUUGCAGCUUCAUCCGAGACACCCCGUGCAUUUCAUCGCACUGAGAUAACUUUUUUUAUAUAAACCAACCAACUUUUUACUUCUUUAAUCGAUCCUUGGAUUCGGGAGAAAAAAUUAAACGACUUAGAAUAGUGACUUAAAACACAGCAAACUUGAAAUUGCAAGGUGCUGGUUAAAAAUAAGCGCGAUAAAAGAAUUCUGUCUCUGUAAAUCUCUCUGUCGUAUUCCAACCACCUGCUCAUCUGCCAUCUUUAAAAGUACGAAGCAAAUGAGGCGGAGAACGUGCUACAGAGAGAUGAGGCGCGAAUAAUCCCAAAGCAAGGACAUCUCUUUGAAGCUUCCGUCAACUCGCGAAUCUGACAACUUGCAAAUUACGGAUACGACGAAAGGUGAGGCUUCGCACAGUUGGGCAUGCUACUGGCAAAUGUGGAAAGGACGUGUCUGCUAUUGACGGCGAUCCACAUUUUGCUCGAUGAUAAAGUCGUCGCGGAAACCUUCCUAUUAGGGUACAUCACCGGUUCAAAACGACGUCUAGAGGACUUCGAAUAUCAGCGACCAGGCUUUCGAAUAUCUGGAGCACUCACACUUGCCGUAGAGGAGGUAAAUGCUGGUGAACUUGGUAGACGAGGUCACAAUUUGGAAUUUCUCGUUGCUGAAACUUAUGGAGAGGAAGAAACUAGCAUUUUCAGUGUAGCUGAUUUAUGGGUCAAAAACGUUAGCGCUUACAUCGGACCGCAAGAAACUUGCAUUCACGAAGGCAGAAUGGCCGCCGCAUUUAACAUUCCAAUGAUAUCCUACUUUUGCACACAUCACGAGACAUCGAAUAAAAAAGAAUUUCCUACAUUCGUCAGAACGCGACCGCCUGAUACGCAAAUCUCAAAAUCAGUUGUGUCAGUACUGAUGGCAUUCAACUGGACAAAAAUAACGUUCAUGUACAUGAACAGUACCAUGUUUGAGUUCAACAAAAUGUCGACAAUAGCGACGACAAUUCUGACGUCUUUCGAAGCGGCCGGAAUUAGUGUGACUUAUCUUCGAUCUUGGAGCGAACCUUAUUAUGUACAUACGCACAUGCAAAAUCCAUUCCACAAGCAUGUCAGAGAUACAUAUAGGGAGACUCGAAUUUAUGUCAUUCUUGGGGAAUACUUUGAGCAUAUUGGUCUCUUGAUGGCUCUGGAUGAAAUGAAUCUCUUGAAAAAAGGCGAAUAUUGGGUCGUCGGCGUCGACAUCGAGCAAUACGACGAGAAGCGGCCGGACAAGUAUCUUCGUGGAUUAUGGCAAAAGGAGAUGGAUCUAUCAAUCGUGAAUGCGUAUCGCAGUUACUUCAGCAUCGUCGCAUCUGCUCCGAUUAACUUUAUGAAUUUCACUCGUCUGGUCAAUAAAUACAGACAGAAACCACCAUUCAAUUUUACAAACCCGUUGGCAAAAGUCGGAGGAGUAGUUCAGAUUGUGCCGGAGACAGCGUACCUAUACGACGCCGUGCACCUUUACGAGAGAUCACUCCUGCAGGCACUCGACGAGAACCGGGACCCUCGGAACGGUCGGGAGAUGGUGUCCGCAUUACAUGGUGUUCAUUAUCGAAGCGCAAUGGGCUAUAUGGUCUACAUGGAUGAGAAUGGAGAUGCUGAGGGAAAUUAUACUCUGAUUGCAUUGGAUGAUCGACCUACAAAAGGUUACGGACUUUAUCCGAUAGGCUAUUUCGUUGGAAAAGAGCAAGGCACAAAUUUGCCAAAACUUCGCUUAACAAAGGAAAUGUCAUGGCUUUUUGGAGAGGGAGGACCACCAGUUGCAGAACCUCAUUGCGGAUAUCACGGUGAAAAAUGUAAUUUUUAUACUGGCGAAAUUGUGGGAGGUAUAGUCGGUGGAUUAUUGCUUAUUAUCACAGCAGUCUCUCUGAUCCUUUAUAAGAACUGGAAAUAUGAGCAAGCAUUGGACAGUUUGCUCUGGAAAGUUAACUACAAAGACAUUCAGAUCAAGGAGCAGAAGAACGAAACGAUUGGAGCUAACGAGACGCCUGCCAAAUGCAAUUCCAAGCCAACAACGCAACCUAUAGUGCGAACUAGCCAAGUAUCGCUAAGUUCGAAUCCCGAUGCAGACUUCCGAUAUUCCAUGAUUUAUACGCAAAUUGGAAUAUAUAAAGGACGUAUUUUUGCUGUUAAGAAAGUCAGGAAGAAAUCGAUUGAAAUUACACGAGAAAUGAAAAAAGAAUUGAAAAUAAUGCGCGAUUUGCGACAUGAUAAUCUCAAUGCAUUUAUCGGUGCAUGUACCGAUCCACCUCAUAUAUGCAUCAUCGUAGAAUAUUGUGCACGUGGAAGUCUUAAGGAUAUAUUGGAAAAUGAAAAUAUAAAAUUGGAUAACAUGUUUGUUGCUUCUCUUGUGGGAGACAUCAUUAGAGGCAUGAUCUAUCUUCACGAGUCGAUCAUAAAAUAUCAUGGCUCUUUGAGCACGUCUAACUGUUUGGUGGAUUCACGAUGGGUCGUAAAACUUGCGGAUUUCGGUCUCCAUGAGUUCAAGCGAGAUGCGGAAUGCGAUCCUUCCGACGUCAUAAAAAAAUAUCACGCAUUAUUAUACAAAGCCCCUGAGUUAUUACGCUCUACUCGCUAUCUCGAGAAGCCAAAUAUUCGGGAUUUUCAAAAGGGUGAUGUCUAUUCAUUUGCUAUAAUUUUAUAUGAACUGCAAGGGAGACAUGGCCCAUUUGGCGUUACGGAAUUAUCAGCGGCCGAAAUAUUGAAGAAAAUCAUUGCGAAAGAUUCGGGAACGCCACCAUUCAGACCUCCAUUGAAUCAACUGGAGAACACAUUCGAUUUUGUCCGUGAAUGUUUGUUAGAAUGUUGGGCAGAAAAUUCAGAAUUGCGUCCGGAUUUCAAGAUGAUAAGAAACAAAUUGCGACCAUUGCGAAAGGGCAUGAAAGCAAAUAUCUUCGACAAUAUGAUGGCGAUGAUGGAAAAGUAUGCGAAUAAUCUUGAAGCUUUGGUUGAUGAACGUACUGAUCAGUUGACCGAGGAGAAAAAGAAAACAGACGCGCUGUUAUACGAAAUGCUACCACGUUAUGUAGCUGAACAAUUAAAAAAAGGACAUAAAGUGGAAGCUGAAAGCUUCGAUUGCGUCACAAUAUAUUUUAGCGACAUUGUCGGUUUCACGUCCAUGUCUGCAGAAAGCACGCCAUUACAAGUUGUCAACUUUUUGAACGAUCUCUAUACAUGCUUCGAUUCCACGAUCGAAAAUUAUGAUGUUUACAAAGUGGAAACAAUUGGGGACGCUUACAUGGUGGUGAGUGGCUUACCGAUAAGAAACGAUAUUCAACAUGCUGCUGAAAUAGCAAGUAUGUCAUUAUGUCUUUUAGAAGCUAUUAAGCAGUUUACUAUUCGGCACAGGCCACUUGACAAACUGCAAUUGCGGAUAGGAAUACAUUCCGGUCCAGUAUGCGCUGGUGUGGUUGGGUUGAAAAUGCCAAGGUACUGUUUGUUCGGAGAUACAGUGAACACAGCAUCGCGUAUGGAAUCUACAGGAUUACCCCUCAAGAUUCACUGCAGCAACGAAACAAAGCAAUUAUUGGAUGAAUUAGAGGGAUUUAGUCUUAUCGAACGCGGUGUGAUUUCCAUAAAAGGCAAGGGCGAGCGUCUUACAUAUUGGUUAAUCGGAGAGGAUCCGAUUUUACGUAAUAAGCGUAGCAAGGAAAGAGCGAGUAAACGAAACGAUGAUAAUAAGAUCACCACGGCUGAUCCCUUGAUUCCUCGAAGUUCCUUGAAAAAUAAGUCUCUUGUCAGAGCCACUUUCACAAGAUGCUCCAGCGAGUCGCCGAAACGUUUACGAUUCGCUAGCUCGGAUCAGCUCGAUCAUAAGAGUUCCAGAGUGAAUAGUCAACUGGAAUCGAUAGUCGACAACAGUCCUUGCAAGAUAAAAAUCUCAUGCGCGUUACGAUCGUCUUGCAUGGAAAGCUGGAGAUCUUCCAGCAACUCGUGUCCUUGCGUGGAAAAGCUCUGCGAUCAAGAAGUUCAACCGCAACUGGUGGAACAUGAAUUACCAACAUACAAUUUAACUGACAUUAAAAACGUGCCGUUGCUCCAAACCAACCUGAUUUUCGGUAACGAGUCGUGUCUGCGAACUGGAACCAAGAACUUCCGCUUCGGCACAUCUGGGAUACUUCAAAUUACUUGUAGAUCCGCGCCCAGUAGCCCUCGACAUAGCUCGACAGUGUUAAAUGCCAAGAAAAGAGCGGCGCAGUCGAACGAGGAAAUCGAUGGAUGGGACGCAAUAACACCCCUGAUCUAUUAUCCAGAUAGUCGUUUGGAUUGAAAGGAUAUGUCCACGAUCGACAAAAAUCGAACAAAAAUCAAAUGUAGUAACCGAGAAAGAAAGAGAGAUAAAGAAUCAAUUUAGAAAGAUUAAUUCGCCUAGAAAUAGAAAUAUCUCUGUAGGAAUAAUGACAAUCGAAAAUCCUGCAAACACGACAUUUUGCUGGAUUUAUUUUUAUUUAUAUCAAUCACUUGCUAAUAAUUGUGUCAGUUAGUACAUUUUCUAACGAGAUUUCUUGUUUACAUCGCAUACAUAUGACGCAUCAAAGCAUUACAUACAAACAACACUUUUACACGUAUACGCAUCAAUACUAUAAUAUACAAUAUAUAUAUAGCAGAAACAACAAUACAUUAUCAUGUAACAAUAAUAAAUCUCUUAUGUUAGCAUAGACAAUCAUAAAAGGCUCGUGCUUCUUAAAUAAAAGUCUAGUCAAUGUUAUUUUAAGUUCUAUAUUCAUAUUUUGUUAAAUA